AUGGGGUUUUACUUGGAGGUCGACCCCGUCACCCUGAACCUGAUCAUCCUGGUUGUGAGCUACGUCAUCUUGCUCCUGGUAUUCCUCGUCUCCUGCGCGCUGUACGACUGCCGAGGCAAGGACCCCAGCAAGGAGGCCACGCCCGAGGCCACGCUCGAUGCCCAGCCCUCCAUCCGCUUGGUGGUGAUGCAGCAAAGCGCGCCAGGGGGCCCCUGGGCCCGGGGACCCGACCUUCAUUUUGGAAAUCCCGCUCCACUAGGGAAGAAAAGCACGGUGGUGUGA